AUGAAGAGAUUCACCGUUUGCUGCUUCUCAAAUCGUAUCCACAAGACAAGAAAUCGAAAUCCAGACAAGAAACUAAGAGAAAGCAUGGAGGUUUCAAGAACCGACAAUGAAGAGAAACUAAGAGAAAGCAUGGAGAUUUCAAGAACCGACAAUGAAGAGCCGACAAAGCAGAACAACAACAAUGUGACAUCACCUAUCUCUUCUGAUCACACAAAUGUGAUUGUGAAUCAUGACUUCUCUUCCGGAAUGCAAUCAUGGCACCCAAAUUGCUGCAAGGCUUUUGUUGUCACCGCAGAUUCUGGCGUCUCUCACAGUGGUUUAAACCCGUCAUACGUAGCUGUCACGAACCGGACACAAAAUUGGCAAGGCUUGGAGCAAGACAUCACAAGCAGAGUGAAACCUUCUUGUCUCUAUAAAGUUUCUGCAGUUGUUUCUGUGUCCGGACCUGUUCAAGAAUUGGUAGAGGUCAAGGCAACUUUAAGGCUCGAAAACCGAAAAUCCUUUACAAAGUAUCAGUCCAUAGCAAAAACUUGUGUCUUCAAGGAGAAAUGGGUGAGACUAGAAGGAAUGUUUUCGUUACCGAUCUUACCAGAGAAAGUUGUUUUCUACUUGGAAGGUCCAUCAUCAGGGAUUGAUCUUCUCAUACAGUCUGUUACCAUCCACUCGCUUCCGCCAGAGAGUGUUACCUCGGUAGAUGAAGAAAACAUCGUAGUGAAUCCAAACUUUGAAGAUGGACUAAACAACUGGUCAGGAAGAAGCUGCAAGAUUGUGUUGCAUGACUCAAUGGCUGAUGGUAAAAUAGUACCGGAAUCCGGUAAAGCUUUCGCUUCUGCGACAGAACGGACGCAGAACUGGAACGGUAUCCAGCAAGAAAUCACCGGGAAAGUUCAGAGAAAACGUGUCUACGAAGCAACCGCUGUUGUUCGUAUAUAUGGAAACAAUGUGACAAAUGCAACUUUACAAAUCACUCUUUGGGUCCAGAAUUCAAACCAACGAGAUCAAUACAUUGGCAUUACAACUGUGCAGGUAACAGAUAAAGAGUGGGUACAUGUUAAAGGGAAGUUUCUCCUCAACGGUUCUGCGUCACGGGUCGUCAUUUACAUCGAAGGACCGCCUCCGGGAACCGACAUCCUCCUCAACAGCUUAACCGUUAAACACGCCGAGAAAGUUCCUCCUUCACCACUCCCACCUAUUGAGAAUCCUGCGUUUGGUGUAAACAUACUCACAAACAGUCAUUUGAGUGAUGGUACGACCAAUGGCUGGUUCUCAUUAGGGAACUGUACGUUAAGUGUCGCGGAAGGCUCGCCGAGGAUACUUCCUCCGAUGGCACGGGACUCGCUUGGGCCGCACGAGCCACUAAGUGGACACUAUAUGCUCGCCACUAACCGUACACAAACAUGGAUGGGUCCAGCUCAAAUGAUCACAGACAAACUCAAGCUCUUCUUGACAUACCAAAUAUCAGUUUGGGUCAAAGUUGGUUCUGGCAUUAACACUCCGCAAAACGUUAACGUCGCGCUUGGUAUCGAUAGCCAAUGGGUAAACGGAGGACAAGUCGAGAUCAACGAUGAUAAAUGGCACGAAGUCGCUGGUUCAUUUCGAAUUGAGAAGCAGCCUUCAAAGGCGUUGGUUUACGUUCAAGGCCCUUCUCCUGGCGUUGAUCUCAUGGUCGCUGGCUUGCAGAUCUUUCCCGUCGAUCGACUCGCCAGAAUCAAGCAUUUGAGAAGACAAUCUGAUAAGAUCCGUAAAAGCGAUGUUAUCUUGAAAUUCUCCGGUGCUGAUUCAAGCAUAUUGGCCGGAGCAACGGUGAAAGUCCGGCAGAUAAAGAACAGCUUCCCUGUGGGGACAUGCAUCAGCAGAUCAAACAUAGACAACGAAGAUUUCGUCGACUUCUUCCUCAAGAACUUCAACUGGGCGGUGUUCGCGAACGAGCUGAAAUGGUACUGGACGGAGCCGGAGAAAGGGAAGCUGAAUUACCAAGACGCAGACGACAUGCUCGACUUGUGCAGCAGCAACAACAUUCAAACCAGAGGACACUGCAUCUUCUGGGAAGUCCAAGCAACUGUUCAGCAAUGGCUCCAAAACAUGAGCCAAACCGAGUUAACCGCCGCGGUUCAAAACCGGUUAACCGAUCUUUUAACCCGGUACAAGGGGAGAUUCAAGCAUUACGACGUGAACAACGAGAUGUUGCAUGGAUCUUUCUACCGAGACAAGCUAGGCAAGGACAUACGAGUCAACAUGUUCCACACCGCGCACGAACUAGACCCGUCCGCGACGUUGUUCGUGAACGAUUACCACAUCGAAGACGGUUGCGACCCGAGAUCUUGCCCGGAGAAGUACAUUGAGCAGAUUCUUGACUUGCAAGAAAAGGGUGCACCGGUUGGAGGAAUUGGGAUUCAAGGACAUAUCGAUAGUCCGGUUGGUCCAAUCGUAUGUUCAGCUCUAGACCGGCUCGGAAUCCUCGGUUUACCGAUAUGGUUUACCGAAUUAGAUGUUUCGUCGGUUAACGAGCAUGUAAGGGGAGAUGAUUUGGAAGUGAUGAUGUGGGAAGCGUUUGGACAUGCUGCGGUUGAAGGUAUUAUGUUGUGGGGAUUUUGGGAGCUGUUUAUGAGCAGAGAGAAUUCUCAUUUGGUUAAUGCGGAAGGAGAUGUGAAUGAAGCUGGGAAGAGGUUCUUGGCUGUGAAGAAAGCUUGGCUCUCUCAUGCAAAUGGACAUGUUGAUCAAAACGGUGCGUUUGCGUUUAGAGGGUACCAUGGAAACUAUGCUGUUGAAGUGAUUACUAGUUCGUCUCAGAAAGUUCUUAAAACGUUCGUUGUUGAAAAGGGAGAUUCUCCUCAGGUUGUUGCUGUGGAUCUUCAAGGUUUGUGA